CAAUAAUUAUAUAUACAUAGAUUUCUACGUGCAUAUAUUAAUUUUGUACGAUUUAUUGUUUAACAUUACGUCGAUCUUGUUGAUAAUAGAGAGUGUAAAGGUUUUUAUUCCCUAAAAGAGAGAUGAUUAAAUUCAAAGUUUCCGCACCGGGCAGAAUGAUCUUGUGCGGGGAUCAUAUGAUGAUGUAUGGAAAACAUGUUGUGGCAGCCAGCUUAAAUCUUCGUACGAAUCUCGAAUUCUUCGAACUACUUGAUGAGCCAACAGACAUUGUUAAGAUAGAAUUUCCUGACAUCGAUUUAUCGUUGAACCUUUCCUUAGAAGUGGUUUUCGACUUCUUUUUUGCCGAAAAUACCCUUUACAUACUUGAGGACGAUGUUACAUUGCUGCAGCACGUGCAAUACUUUAUCAUAUCACGCGGUUUGUGGAAAACAUACGCCCAGAAAUUUAGCUUGCAAACAUUUCUUUACCUGUUCCUUCACAUCGCCUAUCACAAUGAACUCAAUGUCAAAUCUUUUCGAGUACGCCUGACCACGCAAUUACCGAUUCACGCUAAUCUCGGCAGUUCAUCAUCGUUCGCGACAUGUCUCGCGGGAUGUUUUAUACAUUGGGCGCGUCUGCAGAAGGGUCCUCACAGUGAAUUUGACGACUUCGAUUUGGAGAAUAUCAUAUCAUACGUUAAGAACUGCGAGGAAAUUUUGCAAAACUAUACGUUCGGGGUCGACCACGAGAUAUGCGUGGAGGGCCAAGUAUUUAGAUUUCAGAACAGUUUAUCUGGUUCUAUUAUUAAAGUCAUGGAUGUGCCGAACAUGAAGAUUUUACUGGUUGACUCGAAAAUUCGCCUGAAUAAACUCGAAGAGAUGUCGCGCAUGGCAUACAUGACAAAUUCCAAUCCCAAAGCCGUCAAAAUUAUUUUAAACAUUAUGGAUAGAUUAUCGUUGAGGAUUUGCAUAAAGCUCAAUGCAAUUAAUUAUUUCAGAAAUAAUUUGCAGCAAUUGGAGAGUCUAUACAAGACAUUAGGAGUUUCCAUUGAGUCGUAUCAAGAGACGCUUUAUGAACUGGGUUUGUCGCAUCCCAAAUUAGAUGCUAUAUGUUCAAUCGCGAAAAAUCAUGGAUUCGUGGGAAAACUCACAGGUCUUAGUGGAUACGCAUACAUUCUGUUGCCGCCUAAUACCCCGAGAGAAAAUAUCAAGGAUCUUAAAACAAAUUUAACUACAGAGGGUUUCAGUUUCAUAAUGACCAGCGUGAGUUGCGAGGGCGUGAAAUUUAAUCGAAUGUAAUAAAAUCAUUAAUUUGAUGAAUAAUGUAAGAUUUUAGUUUAAGGAUGUAUGGGAGACAUUUAAAAAUGGUAUAAAAUUUAUUCAAAAUUAUAUAGAUCGAUUCUACUUUUCUAAAGCAACUGUUAACAUUUGGUUUUUAAUUCACCAACUCAUUUAAAAGUUAUUGCAAUUUAAAUUUCUGCUAGUUUUA